GAUUAUCUGUGAUCUGAACACAUAGUUACGGGACGCGCAGGAGGAGUGAAGACCUGCAGUUGUUUAUAAACAAGUGACGUUGUGUAAAAUGGAAAGAGAGUUGUUUUUCGAUCUUGUUCCUUCGAAGACUUCUGUAGAUUCUGGAGUAGACACAGGAAAUGAUAGUAACGACAGUCAUACCACUUUCGAUUCGCAAUCCGGAAGAUAUAUUCCAGGGGAAUACUUCCGAACAUUUGAGAUUCCUAUUCCAAAUUCAUCGGUCAAGAAUCCAAACACGAAUACAACUAGAGAAGAAGCCAAUGGCUCUGUGGAAGUUGGAGAACAUGGUAAAAUUGAGAGUUUACAGUUUCACCAACCAGUGCAUAAGGCAUCUUUGAAAGUAGAUCUUCCAGCGGGAUUGGCCUUUUGUAACGUACAACCUUCAAGCCUUGGUAUUGGAAAUGGCUAUGGAGAUAAAGAUUGUGUGAUUCAUGAUGAAGUACAGCGAAAGAUUCGCCUUCGUCGUAUGCUGAGGCAUAAUCGAUGGUCAGAAUUGAAGAAAUCUAUAGAUAAGCACAUCUUACACCAAGCAGUCUCAACUAAUAAUGUGGACCGGGUGGCAGCCUUAUUAAGUUCUGGAGUUAAUCCCAACAGUGUAGAUCAUCAACAUAGAUCACCUCUUCAUUUGGCUGCAUGCAGAGGCUAUUGUGAUGUUGUGAGACUACUGUUGGAUAGAGGAGCUAAUCCUAACAUCAAAGAUUAUCUGGGGAAUACACCACUUCACCUUGCUGCCUGUACCAGCAAUGUUGCUGUUGUCACAUUAUUGCUUAAAGCAGGCACCGAUGUCAGCAGCAUUGACAGGUUUGGCCGGAGCCCUUUACAGUUGGCCAAGUCAAAGCUCAGAUUACUUCAGAUGAAUUUUCCAAGCACAGAGAAUUCCAACUUGAAGGAGGAGGUUCAACAAGUUAUAGAAAUGAUGUACACUUAUUUAUACAAACGUGGUCAAGAAACUGAAGCUGAACUUUUGGAUGCAUUCUCAUCACGGCUUACAUUGAGUCAUACCCGAGAGGAAGUACAAACUGGUAUGCGUGAUUUAUUGGCCAGCCUGGCAAGCCUCAGUCUUGAUAAGACCACUAGUGACCAUAAAAAGUGUACUGACAAUUGAAGUGUUUUUUAACUCUUCAUAUCAGCUAAAAAGGACAGUUAGUAUACAGAUCUGAAGGUACUGUGUGCUCUUCAGUCUAACAGUGCAGUCAAGUUCAUUUGGUUUGGUACAUUACUGGAAUUACAUUUGCAUCUUCUAGCAGUCUUGUGUUUCAGUGCUGAGAGUUGCUAAUCAUUUUAAAAUCCUCCCCAUGAGAUCAACAUAAAGGAUCAGUGUAUGUUCAUAGUUUACUUAAUAGGGCAGGAAAAUAAUACAGUGAUUAUGCUUAGAGUAUUAAAUCAGGUAAUGUAGCAUAAUGUUAUUGAGAAAUAAUUUCAAGAAUACUUGAAAGUAAUGGCACUUCUGCCAUUAAGUAUCAUCGUUAAAAAGUUUAAUUUCAAAGGCCUAAUAGAACAUUUUGAAUCUUUUGUGUGUUCUCUGGCACUUAUUCACAAAACUCAUGUGUUCGUCAUUUCUAUUCCAUUACAUAAGUAUUACUAUGUAUCAAGGUGGUUUACUUUUAAUUCUUUUCUUUUCUUUACUUAGGCUCCUAAAUGAUUUUUUACACUUUUCUCGAGUCUUUUGAUAAGUAUUUUGGAAAUUGAAAUUUGGCACUUCUGUUAUGUGAGAAUUAUGAUGUAAAAUGUGAGUUACUUUAAUUCAGUUUAAGGAUCUGAAUGAAGUUAUACAUCUAUAGAGCCUUAAUACAGAUUCUGAUCUAUAUAUGGAACUUUUUGUUUUAAGAGUAUUGUUAUGUGCGAAUUUAAUUUUCAAUAUGUAGACAAUAAAUGUAUGCCAUGCAUAAAUGUAAGAUUUUUAAUUUCAUCCCAGAAGUGCCAGUUCUUUUUAUCUUUGAGUAAGCUUUCUAAAUUAGCCUUCAAGGAAAAAAGUUUGUUCACUAUUGCUCUAAGUGUGUUUGAGACAAUCACAACCACUAAUAAAGAUUUCUGUUCUUUCACAAUUACUACUAUCUGCAAAAUGGUACUACACCACAAUUUCAACUUACAUUUACAAAACAGUCCAGCCAGUCACAAUAAUGUUCUUUGAACAAUAGGUAAUACAACUGAAUUGUAUAAUACUCCACCAAUCAAGCUGGACAUAACUUUAAAUUAAUAACAUCUGGCCAAGCACUGCAUUCAGACAAUUCUUCCUUCCUGUUUAUUAGAUAGUUUAAAUUGUGACAUUACUUUUCAAUAAAUGGUCACAAGUAUGUACAUAUGAAUAUAGCAUGUUUGACUACAGUCCAAGUAAGUACAACUACCCUUAAAAUUAUGCAGUGUAAUAUCUUUACAAAGGAUGGAGACGCAGUAGUAAAGGAACUUGUACCACUAACUAUAUGUCUAACAUUAUCUGACUGCUAGUUUAAAUGUAAGGAAAACGGGGCUAUAUUCAGUGUUUGAAUCUGAAAAUUGCUCGUCUCAUCUCAUGUUUCUGUUAUUACAGUCUAUUCAUCCAGAGAUCCCCAGGUUGUGCCGGGGGGGGGGAAUGAGUAGAUUCUACUUGAAUUUUUUAUGCUAUACAACACUGAUCAACUAGAAUACGGACAUUAUUUUUCAUUGAUAACUUAACCCAUCAUCUGUUUUUGGAAGAAUCCUUCCUCUUAUGCUAUGCCAUCAUUAUCUUUACCAAGAGUUACCCAGUGCUUUUUGAGUGCUGGAGCACUGCCCUGGACUGUUCUGCCUCAACGACAGCCCUGCUUGAAAUUUAUUGUUAGUAGUAAUAGAUAGCAAGCACCAUGUUUAAUUCUCACUUUCACAAUCUGCAAAUGUCCCAAAAAUGGCAUGCUCUUUAUUCUAAAUCUACAGUUUAAAAAUGUGUAAAUGCUAUUAUGUCCUUAUAACCUGCAUAAUUAUAUUUAAGUUAUUCAAAAAUUAGGUGCAAAUAAAAUUUUGGCAAGUAAUGGGUUAAGUGUUAUACAAAAGAUACUAUUAACAAAAUAUAAUCUACUGGUGUACAUACAAGUGUUAUAUUAUGUAAAGGAUAUCAUAAGUUCAUAAAAUGUAGGUGCCAUCAAUAUUUAGAUGCCUUUAAACAUGUUUUCAUUAAAAAUGUUCAUUCAGCCAUUCUUGGGUUGUUACAUGCAGACAGAUGAACAGACACAUUUUGGAAACUUUUGGUUGUGAAUGUGCUUAAGAAGUCAUGUAGUACCCAUAAUAUAAAAGUUAAAUCAGUUUUCUAGGCAAAAUAUGAGAUUUUGUGCUAGUUGAUUUCAAAGUGUGUACUUUUAGCCACUGAAAAAGCACUUUUUAGCCAUUUUUUUGUUUUUUCUUGUUAUGUCCUUGAACCAUAUGACAGACUUUCAAGAAUCUUGGUAUGGACAUCAUGCUAGUAGAGGCCGUAACACCUCUAUUUUAGAUUUCCUGUUAUUAACAUGGGAAUCAUGUGACUUUGAAAGUGGGGGUGAUAUUAAAUCUCACUUAAUGUAGGGUUCUGAACUGGUGUAACAGAUCUUCAAUAAGUGUAAUCUUUUGUUAAUGUAAUUUUGUAGUAAGAUGUUAAAAAAGCAACAAAAUGACAGCCACAAAUAAUCAGUAUCACAUCUUAAUUUGAUGGCAUAUAGUGAUGGAUCAUUGGAGCAAGGUAUGUGAAAUUUUGUGCAAAGAUAAAUCAUAGACAUACCCAUGAAUUUCUAUUAAAUGCAUUAAUAAUUACAACACAGCAAUGAUGUGUCUAAGUUUAUACGAGGCAUAUUUAUCAUAGUAUUUGCAUAAAUGGAAAAUGCAUAUAAAUAACAACAUUCAUAUAAUUAGUCAGCCUCACCAAACAAAAUGAUGUAUUUGAAGUAAAGUAGGCACCUUAAGUUAUUUCCAGAAUUUCUUCUUUAGCACAGGAAUCUGUAACCACAACUGUAUGUAGUUUUUAUUGACAAUUCAGCGAAUUCUCCCAAGAUAGUAGCAAUGUAAACAGGAAUUUAAGGAACAAUAUGAAACAAAAGAGAACCCUUAAGGCAUCCUGCAAGUACAUACAGUAGAGUCCAGAUUAUCCAACCUAAAUGGGACCAAAGGAUGGUCAGAUGGUAUGAAAGACUAAUGCAAAAGAUGAGGGUAAAUAUUAAUUCACUUUGUUACUCAAUUUACAAUAUUAUUCAAUUAUGAAGAAAAUACAAUAAGGUAUCAAAUUAAAAAAUAUCACAAAUAUAAAUAUUUACCAUAUUCUAAUGGAAGUCAUUUUUUUAAGUAAAUUAGUAAUGGAUAUUUGCUUCUGAGCCUCAUUCAUUUUCUUUGUGGCAAGGUCGUGCCAGUACCUGAACAGUAGUACAUCUGUAAUGACUGUACAUAAAGUGCAGAAGGUGCAUGGUGGGGCUGUACGAUUCAUUUCACUACAUGCACAGCUGACUGUUGAUAAAAUGGAGUGUUCUGACAUGGCACAGCAGAUAAUUUGGACUCUACUGUACAUAUGAAUACAAAUUUAAGAAUAUAAUUUGUACCAAUUACCAAAUGAUACUUCCAGAAUUACUGAAUAACUGAUGGUUAACUGUAUUCAGUUUGGUAAAUACUGUACGCAGUAACAUUUCAGUCUUUGAAUACCUUACUCAAGAACAUGGUGAAAAUUAUGAAACUUUGUUGUAUGACCUUUCCAAAACUGGACACUGCAUACAAUUGUCAUUCAAAAUAAUUUCACAAAGUUACUUCAGGUAGAAUUCAGUACAAAUGCUAUACAACACUAGUUAAUCUACAUCAUAAAGGUAUAAAAUAUUUCUAUACAGUGAUUAAAAGAAAAAUGGUUUCCUCAGACAUUGUACAUUAUGAAUGAUACCUGAUGCAACUUUGAAACAAAUCAUUCAUCAUUAUGGAUUCUUUGUAUUUUUGUGAUUUAUGUUAAUUCCUAAAAGUAUAUAUUACCUCCACUCUACAAUAAAACCUUCUGCCUACAAUAA